CUUCACCAGUCUCUAACCCACCCGGGCACCCACCAUGAGAGACCGCCGCCACCUCAGACUCAUCCUCACCCUCGCCACCCCCACGCGCCGCCACUACGCCACAAAAUACACCGCCAAAGUAACCUCCACCUCCGCAACCGGCCGCACCCUCUCCGUCGAGGUCACCCCUCCUCCUCCCCUCCCCACCGACAUCCGCGGCUACGCCCUCCCCCGCCGCGACCUCGUCUGCAAAGCAACCCAAAUCAUCCUCCACCAAUCCCGCUCCGCCACGUCGGACCCCUUCCUCGACCUGGCCGACUACCUCUCCUCCCUCCCCGUCCCCCUCCUCACCCCCGCCGAGGCCUCCGAGAUUCUCAAGUCCCUCAACGACGCCGACCUCGCCCUCCAGUUCUUCCGAUUCUGCCCCUCCCUUUCCCCCAAAUUCCAACACGACGCCUUCACCUGCAACCGCCUCCUCCUCAUCCUCUCCAAGUCCGCCGCCCCCGCCCGCUUCGACCUCGCCCGCUCCGUCGUCUCCGACAUGCAUCGCUCCGGCAUCCGCGGCAACAUCUCCACCGUCAAUCUCCUCAUCGGCCUCUUCGGCUCCACCAGCGACGACCUCGACGCCGCCUUGGCGCUCGUCAAGAAGUGGAGCCUCAGCGUGACGUCAUACACCUACAAGUGCCUGGUGCAGGCCUACCUGCGCUCUCACGACUCCGCCGGGGCCUUCCGGUCCUACUCGGAGCUGCGGCGGCACGGCUACAAGCUUGACAUCUUCAGCUACAACAUGCUGCUUCAUGAGCUGGCGAAAGACGGAAAGGUUGAGCAGGCGUACAAGGUGUUUGAGGACAUGAAGAAGAAGCAUUGCGAGCCAGAUGAGUUUACCUACACGAUCAUGAUCAGAAUGAGUGGGAAAUUGGGUAAAGGCGGAGAAUGUGUUCAGUAUUUUCAGGAGUUGCUGAACAAAGACCGCCAUUUGAAUUUGAUUGUUUAUAAUACCGUCAUUCAGGCUCUUGCUAGGAGCAACAUGGUUGAUAAGGCCAUACUUGUGUUUAGGAGAAUGGUGGGGGCCGACUGUAGGCCGAAUGAGUUUACUUACAGUGUGAUUUUGAAUCUUUUGAUUGCGCAAGGGCAGCUGUGUAGGUUAGAUGAGUUGGUGGAGCUGUCGAAGAGAUAUGUGACCAAGUCUAUAUACGCGUACCUUGUUAAGACAUUGAGUAAAUUGGGUCACGAUGAUGAAGCCCACAGGCUGUUCUGCAACAUGUGGAAGUUCCAUGACAAGGGGGAUCGAGAUGCCUACAUGUCGAUGUUAGAGAGUUUGUGUGGUGCGGGUAAAACGGCAGAGGCUAUUGAUUUGCUGAGUAACAUUCAUGAGAAAGGGGUAGCCACUGACACUAUGAUGUAUAACACAGUACUGGCGGCGCUUGGGAAGUCGAAGCAAGUAUCACAUCUUCACGAGGUGUAUGAAAAGAUGAAAGUCAAUGGCCCCGAACCAGAUAUAUUUACCUACAAUAUUCUGAUUUCCGGCUUUGGUAGGGCUGGGAAAGUUGAUGAGGCGAUGACGAUAUUCGAACAGCUUGAGAAUAGUGACUGUAAACCCGAUAUUGUGUCUUACAAUUCAUUGAUCAAUUGCCUCGGGAAGAAUGGUGACGUGGAUGAAGCCCACAUGAGGUUCAAGGAGAUGCAGGAGAAAGGAUUCAGCCCUGAUGUUGUCACCUACAGCACUCUAAUCGAGUGCUUUGGCAAGACUGAUAGGGUUGAAAUGGCGUGCAGGUUGUUCGAUGACAUGCUUUCUCAAGGCUGUUGUCCCAACAUUGUCACAUACAACAUCCUGCUUGAUUGUCUUGAGAGGUGUGGGAGAACCGCAGAGGCGGUGGAUUUGUAUGCAAAACUUAAGCAGCAAGGUUUGACGCCGGAUUGGAUUACAUAUGCAGUGCUUGAACGACUGCAAAGCGGUUCUCAUAAGAAAUUCAGAGUUCGCAGGCAGAGUCCAAUCACAGGUUGGGUCGUGAGCCCCAUAAGGUGAUGAAAUUGUGUUUGAUGUCCAGCUAGAAAAGGCUACGGCUGUACCCAAUUUUGCAUUCUUUGAUUCUUUAGGGCCAUUUUUCAGAUGCUGCCUACAUGUGGCGCUACUGGGUUCUUGAGAAACUUGCUUAUACAGUUGUAACAAUAUGUGUAAUUGAUGGCCUCUGGUUUAAUAAGAGACCAAUAGUCAUUGCAGCUAUAAGGAAAGAGAGAUAAAUUCUGCUUCAGUAAAACUUCUUUCCCAAUGGUCAUACCCCCCAUAUGUAAA